UUAGUGGUGGAAAGUGAACAUUGAGUUGAAGCUUUCUGUUAGUACGUUGUGCGAUUACAGCAGUGAUAUACGAGUGCAGUCUGGCCUUACUGAGGUAUUGUUGUUUUGACAACUAUGUACUAGAUAAAAGAGUAGGUAAAGAUUUGGUUCAGUUUUUUUCAUGAUCAAUCUUUAAUUAUUACGUACUUCGAUAUCUAUUUUCUCUACGAGACUAAAUCUGCGUCAUAACCAUAUGAGAGUUCUUCGCGCUUAUUUGUAAUUGACAAAUUGUUCUCGUCAUCACAAGACAUCAGAAAUAUUCACUGUGUCGGAUUCGAAUGAUAAACCGUCCAAUUUAAAUCCGCCAUCUCCUUCGAAGGAAUCAAGUGAAAAAACUGCGCUAGAAGAAAUUCUACCCGAACAAAAUUCUUACGAAGUAAUUCAACAGUCUGACAUGAACAUCGCCGGGGAUGGUAUUCGGCCGGGAUCUUCAGGCUUAUGCGCUAAUAAUCCAAGAAACGAUGCUCCACCACGCGGCGAGCAACAUGAGGAUAAUUCAAGAAAUAACAAUGGUCAAGAUGAGCGAAUACGUCGAGAUGAUCGAGUAAAUGAUCCAAAUCAUCAAAACGAUGCUGCUGCGGAAUCACAGUGUUGUAACCAAUGUGGUAGAUGGUGUCGCGAGGUUAUUUGUUGUUGCAUCGAGCAUUUGCGGGCUCCAACCAAACCGCCGCCGGCAAACGAAGACAUCGAUUGUUGUAAACUUUGUAUUGGAGGACCAAGAGGAUAUUGGCUUCUUGGUGCUGUGUUCAUUGGCUUGAUUUGGUUCUGGUUAAUAUGGACUGAGGGCCUAGCUAAAUUUCCUGUAUGGGAUUUAAAGAUUUUUGUGUGUAGUAAUCAUUCUACUUACGAUUUGGACAAAGUAUCUUGUAUAUAUCCGAACGAAACUGAUUUUUUUACCCAAGAACGCGUAGACAAAUUUGUAAACGUUUUACAUUCGAUUAUUCUGAACGAAGGUUGUAACGAUGGCUUACAAGAUAAAUUCAAUAUCGCCACUAAAUUCCAUGGACAAUAUCCAGAAAUUAAAAAUCAUACAAUUCUCAAUGAUUUAAUCCGCAUUCACAAAUUUGAUAUAAAGAAUGCCACCAAGUUGAUUCAAUUAUGUAAAAUUCACUUCAGGAGUUCUAAUCGUGAUUUAGUUCAUCCCGUCGGUGAUGAUGGAUUUCUUUACAUGCACGAUGACUUGAUGACGUAUUGCAGCUACAAAUCGCACUGGCUUAGUAAUGUAUUGAUUUCUGUUCUGAUGUCUUGUCUAGUUCACGUCAUCAUUGGAAUUCUCAGAGCGUUAGGGAGAAACUAUAAAUGGCCGUGCAAGGUAAUAAGCGAAAUUCAGCAAUUCUGCCGAGUUGCUCAAGAAGCUAACCCAUAGUAAAAAUAUCGUUUAGAUAUGUAUCUACUAAUUUUACUGACGUAUGGUCCAUCUGUGUUAUUUUAUUUUUUAACCAUGAUUCGCAUACCUAAUUUAUUGAUCUUGUGGUAAAUAACUUUCGUAUACUUACUGUCUUUUUCGUUCAAUAAUUUUUCACCUAUUGCUUGUGCAGUUUAUCUAGGGUUCAUUGUAGUUUCAUUUUUUUCAUGUGCUUAAAUUACAAACUAAUUUGAUGUAAGAUAUUAUGAUACCUAGCAUUACCUACUUUUUUCUUUUUUUGAAAUUAUCUCAUUGACGAAUACUCGUUGACUAUUCCCACCUUGUUUUGUAGUCACAAGUUGACCUGUAUUGUACAUACGAACUGCAUAAUAAACUGACAUGAAA